GCACCGGGCUGUGGAUCAGUGUGCUUCAUUUCCGUGUUGCAGAGUGUCUGUAACUGUUGGAUCAACUACAUCUAUCACACCGACUGUAGCCUUUCAGGAAGUCGUUUUAGAGCCACUUUAACCGUGCGUAAUGGCUGAGAAGAUAGACAUGGAGGAAGGGAAGACAUCCAACGGAGAGGUGCACCUCAAUGGACUGAACCACCAGAAGAGGAGUCCGGAACCCAUGUCGGACCGGGUCAAGAGGAUAGUGAAGGCCAACAUGUUGGUGAUUCUGACCGUGGCCGGGGUCAUUGUUGGGGUUUUUAUCGGGCUUGGUGUGCGCAAUGCGACGCUUACCAGGACCCAGAUUAUCUACGUGGGUUUUCCCGGUGAGCUGCUCAUCCGCCUAUUAAAAAUGAUCAUUAUCCCCCUGGUGGUCUGCAGUCUGGUGUCCGGGGCGGCCAGCAUUGACCCUAAAGCCCUGGGUAAGCUGGGGGGCUGGGCUAUGCUCUUUUUCCUGGUCACCACACUCAUCGCUUCGUCCAUCGGGGUCGUGAUGGCCUUCAUCAUAAACCCGGGUUCGGUGGCAUCUAAACCCGUAGUGUCUGGCAUUGACGACAACGUACCUGCCCCUAAAGAAGUGAUUGACUCCUUUUUAGACUUAAUCAGAAAUAUCUUUCCCUCCAAUUUGGUAUCUGCUGCCUUUCAGUCAUAUGCAACUAGUUACAAGCUGGUCACAAAGAACGGCACUGAUGGAAUGCCUAACAUCACAGUGGAGAAGGUGCCAUUUGGAACAGAUCAGGAUGGCAUGAAUAUUCUAGGUCUGGUGGUGUUUGCCAUCGUAUUUGGUGUGGCCCUGAGGAAGUUAGGAGAGGAAGGAGAGAUCCUCAUCAAGUUCUUUAACUCCUUCAAUGAGGCCACCAUGGUGCUGGUGUCCUGGAUCAUGUGGUAUGCUCCUAUUGGUAUAAUGUUCCUUGUUGCUGGUAAGAUUGUUGAGAUGGAGGACGUUGGCACAUUGUUUGCCAGUUUGGGAAAAUACAUAGCCUGCUGUAUCAUUGGGCAUGCCAUCCACGGAUUUCUUGUGCUACCUGCCAUCUACUUCAUCAUUACAAGAAAGAACCCAUACACCUUCCUCUGGGGGAUAUUCACAGCUCUGGCAACAGCUUUUGGAACAAGCUCUAGCUCUGCCACCCUGCCCCUGAUGAUGAAAUGUGUGGAGGAGAACAAUGGCGUUUCCAAGCACAUCAGCCGUUUUAUCCUCCCCAUCGGAGCAACAGUCAACAUGGACGGAGCUGCUCUCUUCCAGUGUGUGGCUGCAGUCUUCAUUGCUCAACUAAACAACGCUUCUCUCAACUUCAUCCAAGUCAUUACGAUCCUUGUCACAGCGACAGCUUCCAGUGUUGGAGCAGCAGGUAUUCCUGCUGGAGGUGUGUUGACUUUAGCCAUCAUCCUGGAGGCAGUAGGGUUACCCACCAAUGACAUCUCACUCAUUCUUGCUGUUGACUGGCUUGUUGACCGUACGUGCACAGUGCUGAAUGUGGAGGGCGAUGCCUUCGGAGCUGGACUCCUGCAGUUCUUUGUCGACCGCACAUCUAAAAAAGAAGACGGACCUGAGCUGAGUGAAGUGAAGAUGGAGGGGGACCUGUCGGCUGCUGCACCGGAAAACUCGCCUCUCAUUGAGAAACGAGGUGGGGGGGACAGUGCAGAAGGUGCCAACAAAGCACUGUCUAGUGAAAACGAGUCUGUCAUGUAAACUGACUUCACCCCAUCUGUGACCCACAGUGACACUUACUUGACUCUUCCCAAGCUGAAAUCUGAGGUUCUGUCACCCCCUGGUUAUUUUUUUGUCUGCUCUGAAGGAAAGAAUGCAUUAAGAGAGGAUGGAUUUGCACAUCACCCUCCAAGGGAGUUAAAAAAAAAAAUCGAGGGGGAAAUGAACAUCCAUGUUAUGCACAGUGAUGUUUCCUAUCCUUUUUUUUCCCUUUUUGAGGGACAGUAAUGGUACAUGAGCAUGACUGCUGUAUUGUCUCUGUCUUAAUACUCCACUUGGCUGGUCCUCAUCAAUUUUUAAAGUCAGAAUGGAAUUACCAGUGCACUGCAUUGUACAUGUUACACAGUCAGAUGUUGUAAUGUUACAAAUAAUAGGAAAUGCUACAUUUAUUUAUUAGGGAUGUGUCAAUAUUUUGGUAUCAGUAAAUAUCGGACAUAUUGACAAAUAAGAUGACAUUCACUGAUCACCAUGGCUGAUUUUAUAUUAAGGGUGUCUCAUAAAUUUGUAUGAAUGAAUUAGUGCUCGUUCAAAGAUGGGGUUGUAAAGAGCUGAAUGACUUGGUGUUUAAUUUUAAUAUUAGGAACAUUUUUUGGUUUCCCUGGUGCAAAACGGGGAAAAACAGCAAAAACAGAAGUAACAAAAUUGGCUUCAUCCAUCUGAUAUAUUGUUAAACCUUUGUAUUGACCCAGAAUUUCACAAUCCAUGCAUCCAUUUAUCGUGAAUCUCAAUUGACACCCUGGCAGAAUUUACAGAUUAAAUUGGUGUUAACCAUAUUUUUACAUUUUACAGUGAUUAAUUUAACGUUUCCUGACUUAAAAAGUUGAAGAGGACCGCAUUUCAGGGUAAAGCAGUGAGCUUGCUGCCCUUGGUGCAUUAGCCAGACAGUCUUCUUUGAUUUUUCUACUGAAGACAGGUGUGUAAUAUAGCGAUCAAUUUCUGCGGAUUUCAGUCGUUUGUAGAAGAUAGGAAAUGGAUACUUUUUAUAUGCUUUAAGUACAAUGAACAUACAAUGGUUGUGCAUUUUAGUUGAUAUUAUUAUGGUUAGUCAUGACAUUUUGUUCAUAACAAUGCCUCAUUUUAGGUCCUAGUUAAAGCUACAGUUGUAGUUGAAUAUUAUUCCGUUAACUGCAUGAAUGGCCAUGAAAAUGUAUGACAAAAUGCACAAACCUGCUUUCUUUUUUUUUUUUUUUAUAAAUUUUUUUUUUGGGGGGGGGGGUAUGAUUUUUUCUGUGGAGAAUCCUGCCAGUGGUUCUCUUAUGCACAAUGCCUUUCUUGUGAGGAGAAGGAACUGAAUUGUAAAACCUUGUUACUAAGAUUUUAUUAUAUUUAUACCUCUAAGCACACCAAAUGAAAUGUUACCCACCUUCCUAAAGCUGAAUGAAGGAAAUUCAUCUCAAGGACUCAAUAUGUCGACAUGCAUGGACACACUCCAGAUACUGUAGUUUGCCAGGAAUUUCUUCAAUGGUAUAUGCAAUUUAACCUCAGGUUUAAAUAUCGCUUGAAGACUAUGCUGAACUGCUCUUUAACACUCUUCUUGAGACCAAAAAUCACACCAGCACUACAAACAGGAACUAAAUCAUUGAACCUCUAAUGACUCUGAAUGAUAUUUCAUGGGAGAUGCAUUUUUUAUUUUUAUUUUUUAAAUAUUGGUUAAUGUCAGUCCCAGCUUCGCACAACUUGGUUUUAAAGCACAUUCUGUAACAAUGUGUUGUUGAUGUUGGAUGUAAUUGUCAUUGUAUUGCUAUGUCUACAGGUAUCCUGUAAGUAAGCUCUACAAAGAUGCCUCCAUUGUUAAAAAUAUCCUUGGACCUCAGUAUCAUUCUGUUGAGUUCUAAACACCUACAUAACUAAGUGAAAAGCUAAGUGUUUCAUCCUCAGUGAAGGAUUUAACUACACAAAACGUGACAAUACUAGAUAUAUUUAGCUUUAGCACUACUUUUAUGAUGUUCCCUAUAAUAAUUUUGUUACAAUCCAUAUUUAUUUAGUGAAAAUACAAAGAAUUUCAAGAAUUUAAAGAUAUUUUUACAGUUUAGUAAUUUCAGAUUCUCUUAUGAUAACUUGAUUAUUUUAUUUUUAAUGUUGAGUCGUUAUUGGUCUUAUUUUCAACUUGUUUUUAGACUGUGUCAGGGUACUUCCAUUUGGGGUCUGUCUUUUGCAGUAACACAAUGGGCAUUUGAGACUUUGAAUCUCUACAUUUUGAGAUUUUUGGAGUACUUGUAGUGUAGGAGCGAUGAGAUGAAUUAUAUAAUACUGUACCUUAGAAAGAUACUAUUUUCUAAUGCAACAUAUAUAUGGUGAAAUGUAACGUUGCACUAUCCAGCUUUUAUUUGAAAAUAAGCCUUCCAUCCAUAUCAUCAAAUGACUGGGCCAGCUGCUUACUUUGCAGGUUUUUAUAAUUUCCUCAGUCUUAUGUAAUGUUAUCUUGUACUUAUCACACUCAAAUGACAACACUUACUAUGUUUCAGUCUCUGUGAUGUUUAUUUGGUGGAAGGUUGUAAAGAUCUUAUCAUUCCUUUCUAAGAAUAUUCAUGUCUUUAUGGUUCAGUCAUAGGAAUUGUGGUGUGUGUACUGGUAUGCGUAUGGAGGCGAAAACGAUUUAUUUUGGUAGGGCUUUGUUACAGAGUUGUUUCUUGGUUUCAGUCAGAAAAUACUGUCCAUAGGUUUAAACAAUAAAGGCCUUUUUUUAUUAC